UAUUUUUUGUUUUAUGACUUUAUGCAGUUUUGUUUACUGUCGGCUUUGGGUUGUCAAUUUCAUGUUGAAACGUUUAAUCAUGAUCACUUAGCAAUAAGCUGAAAAAUGCUUUGACUUUUAUUAGAUGUUCCUAUCUUUCCUACCCCAUAAUCUGUUGUAAAUACACUUCAUUAGAAUAAAUGCCAAGGGAGAGAAGAACUGCAGUAAAAUUCAAAGGGGAUCCUGAUGGACCUGGAGAUUUAAAAAUAUCUGGUCAACCAGAAAGUCCGUCUGCUAAAAAGCGAAGAAAUACAAAUACACCCAAUCAGGGAGUUUCAAAUUUACCAGAUCUAGCACCUCCUCAACCUUUGACUGGAUUUGGUGAGACAAUCGUUGCAAGCAAUCCAUUUGAUGACACAAUCCCUGCUACUCCUACCACUACAGUUCCAAAUAUGACUGCCUCUAAUAUGACACAUAUAUCUGGUCCACCUAUGCACACUAAACCUGUACCUAUGUCUUCUGGAAAGUUAUAUCCGCCUGAUCAACCAAUGGUAUUCAAUCCUCAAAAUCCCAAUGCGCCACCAAUCUAUCCAUGCGGAAUCUGCCACAAAGAAGUCCAUGACAAUGACCAAGGAAUCCUUUGUGAAAGUGGUUGCAAUUUCUGGUUCCACCGAAUUUGUGCUGGACUGAGCGAAGCAGCUUUUCAUCUGUUACAUGCUGAAGUAUAUGCCGAAUGGGUGUGCGACAAGUGCCUUUCUUCAAAAAACAUCCCUCUUGUUAAGUUUAAGCCAUAAUUUUAACCUAUAAGUGCCUUGAUGCCAGCUGCUCCAAGACGAUGUAUAAAUCCUGUUACACAUCCUCUGCAGUGAGGUUGUCUUUUUUAUGUUGUGUAUAGAUGUUAAAAAUGGUCCACUGAAAGAGUGGUUUUUAUGCUUGUUACAUCAUGCAAUGUAGAUUAGUUUUAUUAUGAGAUUACUCAAUCAUGAAAUCUGAUGACUCAUUUGCCAAUAAAGUAUUUUAAUGAA